CGUGGACGAGGGGCCUGAGCAGAAAGCCAAAGAGAACAGGGAGGCUGAUAAUGAAGGUUUUCAGUCUGCUCACGAGGAAGACAAUUCGUUCGAUGAAGCAGAUCCCGUCGAAGGUACCAGCGAAGGUACCGGCGAGGCUUCAGGCUUAACAACUUCUGUAAAUGCCGGAGUGAUGGCGUCCGACCCAAAAGAGUCCGUCGAGGCUUCGACGAGUCACGAGAAUGCUGGCGCUGUCGUUGCUCCGUCUGUGGCCAACAUGGCUGUGAAAGAUGCUGCUGCUGCUGCUGCAAAAAUGGCUUGCGCAGUUGUUCGUCUGUCAGCCUCAUCAGGCGUGGCGUCGGAUCCUCCUUCAUCUCCUGCUGGUCUCAAACGGGGCAGAUCCUCCCGCUCACCUUCUCCUUCGUCUCCGAAAGCUGAAACGAAAGCGUCGAGUGCUGCUGAAGCUGGAGCGAAAGCGUCGAGUCCGAAGAUGCCCCCCAUGAUGGCGGUGAAUCAACCAAAGGCAUCUUUUACUACCGGCAGAGCAACAAGCGCUCCGAAAGCUGGAACACCGCCAGCUGUGCCAAAGCCAUCGAGCGGAAACAGCCCAAAGUUGGGGAGUCCAAGACCACCUGUAGCUUCGUCAGCUCACUCGCAGGCUCCGAAGUCGCCACCCAAGGCUCCGGUCACUGUUGCUCCACGUACUCAGAUAUACUUUUCUAAUAGCUGCUUUUGUUCCUGUGGCUUCCGUUUAUUUCUUCGAUAAGAAUUUGCAAAUGACAGGCGUCAUGAUCAUCCGGCAUCCAUCCGAUGAUGAAUAUGAUAGAUCUCGCGUGUAGGGUAAAAAAGUAGCACGAAGAAAGGGACAUAAGUUCGAUCCGUCCCUUCUAGACUUGUGAAUAAGCCUCGUCGUAGGGACUGUAUUUGUAAUCAAGUACUAGGCAAUCCCAAACCUUGUGGUAAUAUGGAUGCGUCUCGUAGUCAUUGUAUUCUGGCAUGAGCAGUUUUCCAGAUGUCCAUGUUUGGGCUGCAUUGCCACAGAAAUAUCGGCUACCAUGUGCACUUGACAUCUUUACUUUCGUAACUCUUCAGGAAUCAUUGGCAGUGCUCACGCGCGAGCGAAAUCGGCGCAAGGGCACAGGAGCUUCCCACGAUAUCAACCGGCUGCAACCUGGAACGACGCAAGGAGCGGCAUCACGUGGACGCUGGACCAUACGGGCAUUUGGCGGGCACCCAACGGCAGGUUUUGGCAUCCUCAAUUGGGAUAG